CUGAGAGUGAGGGAGCGACUGUGAUGAGAGCAGUGAGUCAGUGAGUCAGUGAGUCAGUGAGCUGCUGCAGGCCCGCGGACAACUGCACAUCCAAUGGAGCUGUGCGGAUUUUCAUCCAACUCCAGGUUAUUGAUCACAUUUAUCAUCAUUCAUAUGAUCUUUAGGGAUGGACGACGAUCUAGUGUGUGAAUAUGACUCCACCUGGGACACGGAGAGCGACGGAGACGAGCUGGAAAACACCGGCCGCAGCAAGAAAACACGGCCCGCAUUCUGGUCCAACUCUUCUUCAAGAAACCUCAGAGCGGCCAAGGACAUGCAGAACUAUAGACAUGGAUAUCCAAACAUCAAUGAAGAGGAGUGUCCAGAAGAAAGAAUGACUAAUUUAAAAUUCUAUCUAAAUGAAAUUAAAUCAUCGCCUGAUGAUGUGUCGAUUGAGACGUUUCACACAGAGUGGAAAACAGACUACAAAAGACUGGAGAGAGUUCAUUCCUACAUUCAGUGGUUGUUUCCUCUGCGAGAGCCAGGGGUGAACUACAUGGCCGCAGAGCUCACCAAGAAGGAAAUCCAAGCAUUCAGGGAAAACGACGAGGCUAAGAGUCGCCUUCUGGAUUCCUACGAGCUCAUGCUUGGUUUCUACGGCAUACAGCUGCUCAACAGAGAAACCGGGGAGGUGAAGCGCGCCGAGAACUGGAGGGAGCGAUUCGCCAAUCUAGAGAGAAACAUGCACAAUAAUCUCCGGAUUACAAGGAUCCUCAAGAGCCUGGGAGAGCUGGGUUUCGAGCAUUUCCAAGCCCCUCUCGUGCGCUUUUUCCUCGAGGAGACCCUCGUCAGAAAGACCCUCGGCAGCGUCAAACGCAGCGUGCUCGACUACUUCCUAUUUGCCGUGCGGGACAAGCGUGAGCGCAGGAAGCUGGUCCGCUUCGCCUUUCAGCACUUUGAGCCCAAAGACAAGUUUGUGUGGUGCCCCAGAAAAAUCCAAAAACGCUUCAAGAAGAAGUCCGAGAAGCGACAGAACUCUUCGGUUGGUGGCGGAGAGAGCGCGGCGCACGACGAAGGUCAUUUGCGAUACAAAAACAAGGACGGAGAAGCCGCGAGCGAGCCGAAACACAGCAAGCCGGUCGUCGAUCUCAUAGAUGCGAAGAAGCAAGUGGACAGUGACUCAGUAAUGAAAGUCGACUCCGAAAAACACUCGGAGGGCUCGUCAGAGGAUCACGAGCCAAAUCUGGACGCUGCUUCUGUAGAAUUACCUCUCAACAACGGCACCAGUGUGAACAACGGAGAGAUCGUCAGCGACGAGUCAAGCGGCGUCGAAGGCCAACAAGUCAUCCAGAAACCCGAACAAGCGCCGGAGGUCUCGAAUGCUAAUCGGGAACGUCUAGCUGCUUCUAACGCAGGAUCGGCAGACUGCGACGACCCUCGAGAUGAAAUGGACAGUCCGCCCUGUCCUGCUGACUCCCAGGAUGAACUCGAAGGAACCGCCUCAGGUACGAGCAAGGAAAGGACAGUGACUGACAGCCCUAAACACAAUUCACCAACACAGCCUGAGAAGUUUCCCAGACCCGACUCGAUGAUGAUGAGCGUCCAGCCGGAGAGCCACGAGAAGAACGGAGUGAACUGCAACCAGUCAAACGGAUCGGAGAAGGAAGAGCCGAUGGACAUUGUGGACAUGAGUUCAUACCUCACCCACGAAUGAUUCCUGAACAUGGCAAAGCACUGAAAAUGGACACUUUAUGAACUUAUUACAAGACUAGAUAUGAACUGAGUUUUUUUAAAGAGGGCAAGAUUCAUUUAAACAUGUUUUCUGUGUAUUGGUUCAGUUAAUGAGAAUGUUAUUGUCACUUGCAGUGACGAGGCCAAAUCUACAUCUUUCUUGUUAAAGCUGUUUGUCCCCCCCUAGUUUAUAUGUUUAUUUGUCCGUACUUUCAUAUUUAUAGUUUUUUUUUUUUUUGGUUAAACUGAAACUCUGAAAGAGGAAUGUACAUUCAACUAAUAAGAAACAACUAUUGAUUGACACAUUUCCACAGUAAAUACAUGGAGUUAGGAUACUGUUUUCAGCUGAUAUACUGUAUCCCAAAACUCUAUCAUGUUUUUAACUAAUGGAAAAGUACAAACAAUUUAAUUUCACAUCUGUGGUCAUAUAAAUUAUGAAAGCAUUAAUAAUUCAAUAAUCCCUCUGAUCAGAAGCUGUAUAAAUAAAUCCUUUAGUGAUUCUUUGAAUGUGCAUCACAUGCAGUAACUCCAAAUUUAUAAUUACAUUUUUUCUCACAUUGACCCUUCAUGAAGUGUUCUAGAAUAAAUAAAAAAACAUUUUCAGCUAUGAA